GGGUGAUGACGAUUUAAUGUUAUGCUAAACACGACGUGCUAAACACAACCUGAAAUUCCCUUGUUUCAUUCAUUUGUUCUAACUAUCAAAAUGGCUAAGAUGAAUAAGGGUCCGAAAGCGAACGUAUCGUGGGUGAAACCAGCAGAGCCGUCAUUUUUAAAGAAAUUCAAGAACGAUGUUGGAUUUAAGGAAGGACCCACCAUUGAUACCAAGCGUCUAGAGAUGCCAGCCUUGGAGGAUGACAGUGGCAGUGAUCGUGAAGAUGAGUUGCCUCAAGUUGUCAUUCUCAAAAAGGGAGAUCUGAGCGCUGAAGAAGUGUUACAGAUAAAAGGGGUAAAGGAUGGUACAGAAAAAGAAGACAAGCCUCCUGCGGACGGCAAGAUCCUGUUCAAGAAGCCCACGAAGCGCUCCUCAGACAAGUUCCAGGGCAUCACCGCCAGCUCUAGCAAGAAGAAGAAGAGUGAAGGAAAGAGUGAAGGAGAAGAUGAAGAGAAAAAGGAGAAGUCUGAAAAGAAGGUGAAAAACAAGAGUCUUCUCUCUUUCGGAGAGGAUGAGGAUGAGGACUAGAAGCUAAUUCACUGAGGGAGUUCAGACUAGAGCAAUCAACCACUCAUCAGACUAGAGCAAUCAACCACUCAUGGAUUAUGGAACUGAUCUACUGCGGUUGUUGGCUUUUACUAUGGGCAAAAAGACCCAACGUAGAAUAGCUCCACAUUGUAGUUUGUCCCACUAGACCAGGGUUCUUCAAUUCCGGUCCUGGAGGGCCGAAACACCUCUGUUUUUCAUCCUCUCCUUCUAAUCAGG